UAUGCGUUCUAUGAUUUUUCUAUUUUCUAUGAUCGCAACAUGAUCAAAAUGAAGUGAUGCAACUAUUGCAUGUAAUGAAAUGAGCGAACGUCUCUUACACGGAUAUCACGUCACUGUAACAGUAUUGGUUCAAAAGAACGGUUCAUCUGAAAGUUAGAUUUUUUUUAACGAAUGGACUUUUCUAAUCAUUUUCUCUGAAAACCAGCGACCAUUCAUGGAGAUCAUGGGAGUUCAUGUGAGUCGUGGUGUUAAUAGCCAUAGAGGGUUGAUGAAUGGGUUAAUAAGGAGGAGGUGUCAGUGUGUUGGCAGGCCGUGACCCGUAGAGUUUCAUUAGAGACGGUGUUAGAUGGAUGGGGUGCUACUCAGCACCUCUCAGGCUGAGCCCCAUCAUCACCCUCCCAUCACAGAGUACACACACACACACACACACACACACACACACACACACACACACACACACACACACACACUGGAGCAUUGGGAGGGGGUAUGACUGUGGAGAAAAACAUUUAACUUCUUGAGUUUACACUUGACUUCUACGGUUGAUCAUCAGUCAUGCCAUCUAAACAUAAGUUGGUUCUUUAUAGAGUGGACUUCUUCCACCAAUACCAACUUCUGUCCCCUCACAUGUAACAACAAUCCUUGAUAAUAAGCAAGAGGGUAGGAAUGGGCCUUCAACGGCUGAGUUGGUAGAGUAUGGUGCUUCUAACAUCAGGAUUGUGGGUGCUGUUUCCUGCACCGACAGUAUUAUCAAAUCAUAUCUGCUGCUAUCUACUGCUAAGUUGUAAUAGUUUGAUGAUAAACCGACAUUAAUUCUACUAUAAACUUCUAUUUGCUGCUAUCUACUGCUCAGUUGUAAUAGUUUUGAUAAUAAACCUGUACUAACUGGACUAUAAACUUGUAUCCACUGCUAUUUGGUUUUUGGUUUGUUUUUAAUGUGUUUUGCAACGUGAUUCUCUUACUGUUUUCGUGGUUUGUCUUAACUGUUCUUUUUGUUGUUGUUAAUGACUGAGUUCGCUUCCCCAGGCCACCCAUAGGAAAAAUAUAUACGCGCAUGACUAGGUUGCUUUGGAUAAAAGCAUCUUUUAAAUGGCAGAUGUUGUUAUUAUAUUAUUCCUAUGGAUACGGCAUGUAUAAGAAUUCCUCCCAGACGCGACACGGUGAAGCUCUUUUGGUGACCAUCUCAAGGCAACUUUAGAUUAGAGUUGAAGAUAGCAAUUAGCAUGGUGUUGAAGAGAUUUCUUUUUUCAUCAAUAGCAGCAGCGGCUCUCUGUCGGAUGUCUGUCCUCACUCAAUAACGGAGGACAACUAGUGUAAUUAAUGACCUACUUCUAAAAAGUGAAGUGCAUCUCAACGAAAAUAACACUUUGUGCAUCCUAUCAUGGUAUAAAACUGUAAAGAAUUGUCUGAAAGCAGUAGUAAAUGUUGUCAUUCCUCCUCUGUCACAUCUCAUGUGCAUGUAUCUAUGUAUAGAUUGUUACAGAUCAUUGUGUGUGCGUGUGUGUGUCCUUGUGUGUGCGAGUAUGUUAAUAUUGCAUGUCAGUGGGCUUUAUUACAGUGUAAUGGAUGAGGUGGGAUCGAGGGUCCCUUGAGUGUCCCAGCCUGUAUAAAGCCUGCUUGGUGUUCCAGUCCUCUGUGUCCCAGACCCAGUCAGUGGUACCCUCAACCACAGACACUCUGCUUCUCCAAGGACAGCUAACGGUCUGAGACUAAAGCAGGGGAUUUGAUGUGGUCACAGUUCUACUCUAAACUGGACAUCAGACUGGUCAGUGAACAGUGGAACAGAAGACCAAUUGAUGGAAAUUGAAAGUGGAGAAAUCUGAAGCGUUUCCCCACCACUGGAGAUUCUGACUGUAACACAAACAGUAUGGAUGGUACUGGAGCUUCACUGCGUUAGUUUGAAUUCAUUGGUUCCUACCUGACUUUUCUUGGGAAAUCCUGUUUUUCAUGUGUUUUUUCCUCCUCUCCUCUCCAGUUCCCCAGCUGUCUCACAGGUGUGCCCUCACGCUGCCCUGCUGUGCAGAAGCUGGUGGGGCCACCUGUGCCAAAGCCCCCCAGGUCACGGGGGUCACAGUUCAGCUGGAGAUGCACACGCUGUGGCAACAGUUUGACCAGCUGGGCACAGAGAUGAUCGUCACCAAGGCUGGGAGGAGGAUGUUCCCUACCUUCCAGGUGAGUAUCUCAGGGAUGGACCCUGCAGCGGAGUAUGUGCUGCUCAUGGACUUCAUCCCUGUGGAUGACAAGAGAUACAGAUAUGCGUUCCACAGCUCCUCGUGGCUGGUGGCAGGCCGGGCCGACGUGGCGGCCCCGGGGAGGAUGCACUUCCACCCUGACUCCCCCGCCAGAGGCUCCCAGUGGAUGAAACAGAUGGUCUCCUUCGACGCACUCAAACUGACCAACAACCUGCUGGAUGACAAUGGACAUAUGAUCUUGAACUCCAUGCAUCGUUACCAGCCUCGAUUCCAUGUGGUGUAUGUGGACCCACGGCGGGAUAGCCAGCUUCAUGCCCACCGCAACUUCUGCACCUUCUCCUUCCCGGAAACACGCUUCAUAGCCGUCACUGCCUACCAGAACCACAGGAUCACCCAGUUGAAGAUAGCCAGUAACCCGUUUGCCAAGGGCUUCCGAACUACUGAUCCUGACGCCUGGGUGGGCAGUGCCAGGCCCCUGCGUCACUCUCUGCCCACCUGGCAGCCACAGGAGGGCAGCCACGAGCCUGACAGUAUGUCAGGAGAGCAGCGAGCACAGAACCUAAAGAGUCUAUCAACGCAUCGUGAACUAGGCCACCCCUGCAGGGAAGACAUCAACUGUACCAGUGAGAGAAAGGAUGUGGAGAAUAAUAUUUUUCCACCUUUGACUUUCAUCCCCCUUCCCACUCUCUGGGAAUGUCCAGGCAUUUCAGAGAGACUGAACCUGGGAUGAGAGGAGGGAAUGUCUUACAUAGUUCCAUUGCUAAAGAUCUUCCUACAGUAGCCCACAUUCUCCUUCAAUAUGUGAAUAUCUCUCUUCAUUAUUUCUCAAAGGAACCAAGUGAAAAUGUUCUAUUAUGAGCUCAAUCAUUUAGCCUAUUUUCUUUGAUUGUUUCAUCUUGGGCUGGUGAUUUUAGAUAUGACUUUUUACACACAGCACACGAGGCAAUAUAGGGGGAUUAAUUGUUUAAAGUGGAAAAUAUUGUUAUUCAAAUGAUGUCAA